CACACACACACAUUGGGGGCUAGCUGAAGUGAAAAGUAGGUGGUUUCAAGUAACAGAGCUAUUUUUAAUUCUACUCUGAUUACUGAAGGAGAUGAAGGCGGUUAUGGGCAUACAUGGGUGGAGUAAAUUAACUGCAUGUGCGUUCACUGCACUUUUUUCCUGUCAUUGGGAUUGUGGCGGUCAGGAUGAUGAAGCUCUGAUACAUCCACUUCGAGGAUCAUCCCCAUGCCUAAUCUGCAGCUCACAAGACUUGUCUGUGUAAAGGCAUUAAGACGAGGUUGAAACAUCUGACCAUUCUCCUUGCUGAUGAAGUAUUUAUAAUAAUUUAGUAUCUGAUCUACUGUAUGCAUCUACCUCUAUUGUAAUAACACUAUUAUCAUCAGAACUUAAAUUAAAUGAAACAUUAAGAUAUUUCCCACUGUGAAUGCAGGACACAGUGAAACUGUGAUAUAAUGAUUAGUCAUUACUUAUGAUGUUCCUUCAAGAUAGACAAAUAUAUAUUCAAAUAUACGAAAGCAUAUAGUUAGAGAUGCUGCAGUUAAGCACAGUUACAGAUUGUCUGCUGAUCAGUAAUGCCAGGUCAGCCUGUAGCAAUGAACUUAUCCAGAAGGAGGAGGUCACUCUUUGUAUUAAUGUUUCGAAGCAGCAACCCUUUCCCUCUAUUCGGGUAAGCACUUUGCGUGUACCUGUAUAUGAUGACCCUCAAGAAGACCUGUACAAGUAUUUUGACUGCUGCGCAGAUGCCAUAGCCAAUGAGGCAGAACGGGGAGGCCGCACUGUUGUGUACUGCAAGAAUGGACACAGUCGCUCAGCUACUGUCUGUUUGGCCUAUCUAAUGAAGCACCAGGGUCUCACCUUGACUGAUGCCUUCCAGGUAGUAAAAAGUGCCCGAUCAGUAGUUGAGCCUAACCCAGGAUUCUGGACUCAACUGGAGCGAUAUGAACAGGAUCUGAAGAUCAGGAGGUCGGCCAGCCACAGCUAACCUCUCUCCACUUUAAAUUCAUACCUACAUUUUCUGAUAUGACAUUCUCAAACUUCAGGGCUUUAUAUAGCUACACUGUAAACCCUGAUAAGUUCACAGAACUCAAAUAUUUUGUAACAGAUUACACAAAAACAUUUAAGUGAUGUUUUUAAAUGUUUUAAGUUUACAUAAACUUAAAAAAUUUAAUUCCAGUUGCCUUAAAUUAUCUCAGAGUUAUCUUAAAUAAUUAUAUUUCUGAACUUAUAAUUAGGGAGUAAUUCACUCAUAAUUUUAUCUAUUUUUCAACUCCUAUAAUGUGGAAAAUACACUCAAAAUUGGGCUUUUGCUGUCCAUCCUCAGUCUAACCACAGGCUCUACUAUUCACCACAACGGUAACACUACAAAUCCAACAUAACAUAAACCUUUGUAAAAUCUAAUAUAACACAACAUUUAUGUAUUAACUUAUGUCCCUCUAUGUUAUGUCUUGUGUAAAAACACACAAAAUAACACUUAAUUUCUAAAUUUAUUUUCCUUGUUUUCUGAAGCAAAGCAUGCUGGGAACUAGAAAACACAAUCAUUUUAAGUUCACCUCACUACAAAUUUUUUUUGAGUUAACAGAACUUAUUUAAAUUAAGUCCAAUGAACUUUCGUUAUUAUUUGAGUGCAAUUAACUAAUUUCAUUUGAUUAACUUCACUGUUCGGUUUUACAGUGUAUUAUAUGUAUAUGUCAAAUUUAAAAUAAGCAAGCUUUUAUUUUGUCGGGUAGCCAGCAACUAAGUAUAUGCACUGGCAUGUCAGUGAAUGAAAUGCAUAGUUUUGCGCUGUUGAAACAGCAGCGUAUAGCCUAUAGAUUACUUUCAGUUAGAAAUAAAUCUUAUACAGUACAGUUUGUCGAUCUAAAUAUUAUAUUUAACACUAAAAUAAGUUAUAUAAAUAUUAUUUUUAUGUACCAUUUGGCUUAUCUAUGUGUUUGCAAAUUAUAGGAUAUAAGAGAAAUUUAAUCAUGAUAGCCCUAUAUGUAGAAAUAUAAAAACCAUACACCCUACAUUUUGAGCGAUUUUAGGUUAAAGCAGGAUUACGGCUCCUAGGAAAGCCAUUUUCUGCUAAACUUUUUUUAUUUUAUUUUAUUUUAUUUUCCAAGGCAUCCCUUUAACACACCAAGAAAACCUCUAAAUUGUUAUAAGUAUCACAAGUAUACAUCACCCUCCUAAAUAUUUAUCUCAGUCAGUGUUGUGGGUAACGCGUUACAAAGUAACGCGUUAGAGUACUCUAAUUACUUUUUUCCUGAAAUGUGUAACUUAACGCGUUAGUUUCGUGCGUAAGUAAUCAGUAACUUCGUUAUUUUUAAAAAAAAAGUAAUCCGUUAUUUUAAGGAAAGGAAAAUCCCGACUGCAGCCUGCUUUUUGUCAGACAGUAGUCCUAGGUCUACUGUGCCACCUGCGGACGUACAGUAUCAGCGGAGCCGAAGCUCCGCUGUGUGUGUGGGUUUUUUUUUUUUUUUUUUCGAACUCCCGGCAAGAUAGCAGAGAGGACAGCGUUUAUGGAAGUACGCACAUUAUUUUCAAUUUGUCAACGAAAAAGAAAAGAACAUAACGGUAAAAUGCACACUCUGCUUUGGUGAAAAGCUUCUGUCGACCGCCAAAAAUUGUACCUCAAAUUUAACGCUACGUUUUAAUCACUACUUUGAAGAGUAAAUGUAAGAGGACUGUGUUAAAGCGAAUUUAGGCUUGUGACUGUGAGUGACACUUUAAUAAUAAUUAGUUCGGCUAUUAAGCGAUUUGUCAUUUGCCUGUGUGGCAAUGAAGGAUUUAAUUCGGUUUGUUAUCAUUUUUGUUUGACAGGCAGCUGUUAAUUUCUGUUAGAUCAUUGGCUGGCUGGUUGUUCAUCAUUUCUAAAUGGAUUUAAAUCUGCAAGCCUGUUUAAGGUUGUGUUUACAAAUAAGCAUACUUGUACUUUGAUAACUGCAUUAUUUAAAGUUAAAGAAAAAUCAGGAGUUAUCUUGUGGUGCUCAUAAUAUACAGUAGCCUAGGCUACCCGGGCUGGGUAACGUUAGGUGCGAAUUUUGAUUAAUAAUAUGUUCUGUGAUAAUAAAUAAAUAAAGCGCAAUGUGGAAUAGUCUAUUGCUGACUGUCUUUCCUGUUAUUGUUAUCCUGCAGUGUUAAUUUAGUCGGAUGACUGACGUUAUUCAUUGUCGGGAGUCACGACUUCUAGGUGCAUUUAAAGGGGCCGGGGGCUGUGUCUGUCAUGUGUGUGCCGCUGCAAACGGCUUUUAAUUUUUGGUAACGCAUGAGUACUCUAACGCGUUACUUUUAUGAAUAGGUAACGCUGUAUCAUAACUGAUUACUUUUAAUUGAUGGUAACGUUGUAACCUAACUAACUACUUUCCAAAGUAACUAUACCAACACUGAUCUCAGUAGGGUUUUAUUUAAUUUAGGCUACAUAAAAAGAAAAUAUAAAUACUUAAAAAUUUUAUAUAAAUGCAGCGCAAAAAAACAACAACAAAAAAAAAACACGAAGCAGUUCUUCCACUUCACCCUUCCACAGAGAGGGUAUUCAUCAAAGAGUAAUUGUAUGCUUUUGUAUAAAAAUCCAUUUACAUUAUUUUUUUUAUUUCUCCAUUUCUUUACUCAGUAUAAUAUAUAUUUUUUAAUAUAAAUUAUAUCAAUGUCACCUUUAUUUAUAUUCAUAUCAUUGCGUCAAAGCAACUGAACAACAUUCAUUAGGAAAACAGUGUGUCAACAAUGCAAAAUGAUAGUUAAAGGCAGUUCAUCAUUGAAUUCAGUUAUGUCAUCUCUGUUCAGUUAAAUAGUGUAUGUGCAUUUAUUUGCAAUCAAGUCAACGAUAUCGCUGUAGAUGAAGUGUUAGAUCUGUAAUUGUCCAUUCUCAAGAACGUCCCCAGUGCAUGUUUUCUGAUGCAGUUGUAUGCUUUGCUGCAUUUUGCCGCUGCCAGGUUAAAAACUAAAUAUAUUCAUAAAGGUCAUCCCAAAAUUUCUUAAAUCAUUUAAAAAAAUCUAACAAGAACUGUAUUUUAGCAUGUAUUAAAUAACAUAAUAUGUUAAGUCCUGUCUUACAGUAUUUUAUAUAAUGUUACCUAAUAGAGGAAUCAAGUAAUGGGACUAUGAAAGUAUGUUCAUUUUAUAGCCUCAUUAAAAUGCAAUGUGUAA